AUGGCUACUCCAACCACUCUCUUCCCUCUCUUCUUCCUUCUCACGUUUUGCUUCGCAGCAACCAUUAACUCUGAGGAAGAUUGUGUGUACACGGUGUACGUUAGAACCGGGUCAAUAAUCAAAGGCGGAACGGACUCAAUCAUCGGGCUCAAGCUAUACGACGCAUCCGGUUACGGAAUAUAUAUCAAGGAUCUUGAAGCAUGGGGCGGGUUAAUGGGUUCGGGUUACAACUACUUUGAGCGGGGCAACCUUGAUAUAUUCAGUGGCAAGGGUCCUUGUUUGGACGGACCCGUUUGUGCUAUCAACGUGACUUCGGACGGGUCGGGUCCUCAUCACGGGUGGUAUGUUAAUUAUAUUGAGGUUACUUCAACUGGGGUGCAUACGCCUUGCGCUCAGGAACAGUUUACGGUGGAACAGUGGCUGGCGACGGAUACGUCGCCGUAUGAGCUUUCGGCUGUUAGGAAUUACUGUAAGCAUGAUUUGGGUCAGGCCCGAACUGAAUUAAAGAUCGUUGAAGCUGUAAGAUCCGGGUCUGGGUCUGGGUCUGUGCCUGAUUACUCUAUUUUGGGCUCUACGGCCCGGGCCUAG